AUGACCACCACCCUCCCCCCACCUCGCCUCUACAACCCCAAAACCGACACGCACCACCUCCCAACCCUAGCCCAAAUCCACGCCGACUGCAUAACCCACGACAACCAGCUAGCCACCUUCCUCCCGCCCCUCGACGCCGCCAAAAUGCACUCCUACUGGCGCGACAUAAGCGGCGAGGUAGAGCGAGACGUCACAGCCAUCAUUCUUCAACUUGCGCCUGCAAAACCUGACGAGGAGGAAGGCGAGGUGGCGGGGUAUGUGUGUCUUAUGAUGCCGCCGUCCGAGACGGGGCCGUUUCGCGGAAUGGUGAAUAAGUUGAUGGUUAGUCCGCGCUUUCGGCGGUUGGGGAUUGCGAGGCGGGUGAUGGGGAUGUUGGAGGAGGUGGCGAGGGAGAGGCGGAGGGAGUUGUUGAUUCUGGACACGACUAUUGGGUCGGGUGCGGAUUUGGUGUAUCCGCGACUCGGGUACAAGGCGUUCGGCGUGCUGCCCAAGUAUGGCAUCAGCCCGAAAGACGGGAGUCUGGUGGACGAGCGCUUCUAUUACAAAGAUUUGCGAGAUGAAUGA